UGAGGCAAACUACAUCUCCCAGGAGGCUGUGCGCGCCCUCCCCCGCCCCCGCCGGCGUCGGGCUCCACCCCUCUGGCUCUUCCUUUCCAAGACUGCACCGCUCACGCCUUCCUGUUAGUCAGAGCUGGGAGAAGUUCACUCCGAUCAGCUGAUCCCAACUGACACUGGAGAGGAGGAAGCCCCGGAGGCAGCUAAGGAGGAGGGGGGCGGAGAUGGAGAUAAGGAUGGAUCCUCCGGUGCCCUAAAGAAUAGCCCCCGCCCCCACCGGCGUCUUGCGGUCCCCCGACGCCUGCUCGCCGCGGCAUGGCAGCUCCUUGGUAUCCCCUGAAAUAUUGACUUGAGGUUGGAUUAUAUUGAAAAGUUCCUGGCCACUCUCUUUCAUCACUAAAACCUGUGGCUGAAGCCCAACCAGUGAACCCACCUCAGUGAACCCAUCAGACCUCUCUCAGAUAGCCAUAAAAGACACUUUCAGUUUAAUUUUGACCACAUAUUUGCCUGCACUUUAUGGAGGAUGAAACUGUCAGACCAAAUCAAUCUUGCUGCUGAUACAAGAAUCUGGGAGGCAGAAAGUUAGAAAUACGAACAUUUGUAUGAAGAGUUAUAAUUGGACACGGAAAGUUACUUUCUUUUGUUUAAAUUAAGGUGUUCAGAACCUUGUGGAAGUUCUGUGCAGUCUUCAGACUCAAAGCUUUUGUCUUCACUCCUGUGGAGCAGCUCAGUGACCGUUGUAUGUGGGUGUUUGCAUUGCACAUUGAGUAUGAGUGCCCAGACUAACCCAGCUGAGAAGGGCCGAAAUCCGGGACUCUCAUGCCAGGAAAGUUAUGCCUGCAGUGGGACAGAUGAAGCUGUCUUUGAGUGUGACGAGUGCUGCAGUCUGCAGUGUCUCCGCUGCGAGGAGGAGCUCCACCGGCAGGAGCGGCUAAGAAACCAUGAGCGGAUAAGGCUCAAACCUGGUCAUAUCCCUUACUGCGACCCCUGCAAGGGCCCCAAUGGGCAUUCACCUGGUGUUAGGCAGAGGGCAGCUGUGAGGUGCCAGACCUGCAAAAUUAACUUGUGCCUGGAGUGCCAGAAGAGGACUCAUUCUGGUGGUAACAAAAGGAGGCACCCAGUUACUGUGUACCAUGUCACUAAGGUCCAGGAGUCACUGGAGGAAGAAGAAAUGGAUGAGGAGACCAAGAGGAAGAAGAUGACUGAGAAGGUUGUGAGUUUCCUUCUAGUAGAUGAAAAUGAAGAAAUUCAGGUAACAAAUGAAGAGGACUUUAUUAGGAAAUUGGACUGCAAACCUGAUCAGCAUCUGAAGGUGGUUUCCAUUUUUGGAAAUACUGGUGAUGGGAAGUCUCAUACCCUCAACCACACUUUCUUUUAUGGCCGUGAAGUCUUCAAAACCUCCCCUGCCCAAGAAUCCUGCACUGUGGGAGUGUGGGCAGCCUAUGACCCAGUCCACAAAGUAGCAGUGAUAGACACGGAAGGGCUCUUAGGGGCCACGGUGAAUCUAAGCCAGAGAACACGGCUGCUGCUUAAAGUCUUGGCCAUCUCAGAUCUGGUAAUCUAUCGAACUCAUGCAGACCGGCUGCAUAAUGACCUCUUCAAGUUCCUUGGGGACGCCUCAGAAGCUUAUCUGAAGCACUUCACUAAGGAGCUCAAGGCUACCACUGCCCGCUGUGGUCUGGAUGUCCCCUUAUCCACCCUGGGCCCUGCUGUCAUCAUUUUUCAUGAGACUGUGCACACACAGUUGCUGGGCUCUGAUCAUCCCUCAGAGGUGCCAGAGAAGCUCAUCCAGGACCGGUUCCGGAAGCUGGGCCGCUUCCCUGAAGCCUUUAGUUCCAUUCACUACAAGGGAACAAGGACUUACAACCCUCCCACAGACUUCUCUGGGCUCCGACGUGCUUUGGAGCAGCAACUAGAGAACAACACCACCCGUUCUCCCCGGCACCCAGGGGUCAUCUUCAAAGCUUUGAAGGCAUUGAGCGACCGCUUCAGCGGUGAGAUUCCCGAUGACCAGAUGGCGCACAGCUCCUUUUUUCCAGAUGAGUACUUCACCUGCUCCUCCUUGUGCCUCAGCUGUGGGGCUGGAUGUAAGAACAGCAUGAACCAUGGGAAGGAAGGAGUGCCUCAUGAAGCCAAGAGCCGCUGCAGAUACUCCCACCAGUAUGACAACCGAGUUUACACCUGCAAGGCCUGCUAUGAGAGAGGCAAGGAAGUCAGCGUAGUGCCCAAAACAUCUGCUUCCACUGACUCCCCCUGGAUGGGUCUUGCAAAAUAUGCCUGGUCUGGGUAUGUGAUCGAAUGUCCUAACUGCGGUGUAGUGUAUCGGAGUCGGCAGUACUGGUUUGGGAACCAGGACCCCGUGGACACAGUGGUGCGGACAGAGAUUGUGCAUGUGUGGCCUGGAACCGAUGCAUUUCUGAAGGACAACAACAAUGCCGCCCAGCGCCUGUUGGACGGGAUGAACUUCAUGGCUCAGUCCGUGUCCGAGCUUAGCCUUGGGCCCACCAAGGCUGUGACUUCUUGGCUGACAGACCAGAUUGCCCCUGCCUACUGGAGACCUAACUCCCAGAUUCUGAGCUGCAGCAAGUGUGCGACAUCAUUUAAAGAUAAUGACACGAAGCAUCACUGCCGGGCCUGUGGGGAGGGCUUCUGUGACAGCUGUUCAUCCAAGACCCGGCCAGUGCCCGAGCGGGGCUGGGGCCCUGCGCCUGUGCGUGUGUGUGACAACUGCUACGACGCCAGGAAUGUCCAGUUAGAUGUUGCUGAGGCACAGGUGGAUGAUGAAGGUGGAACACUGAUUGCUCGGAAGGUGGGCGAGGCCGUGCAGAACACUCUAGGAGCUGUGGUGACAGCCAUUGACAUACCCCUAGGUCUGGUAAAGGAUGCGGCCAGGCCAGCAUACUGGGUGCCUGACCAUGAGAUCCUGCACUGCCACAACUGCCGGAAGGAGUUCAGCAUCAAGCUUUCCAAGCACCACUGCCGGGCCUGCGGACAAGGCUUCUGUGAUGAGUGCUCCCAUGACCGCCGGGCUGUCCCCUCUCGUGGCUGGGACCAUCCUGUCCGAGUCUGCUUUAACUGCAAUAAAAAGCCUGGUGACCUUUAACCCCAGCUCCCUCUCCAAGUCCUUCACAAUUCCUUAGGUUCUCAGGGUUAGAAACAAAAAUCUCGUCGGGGUAGGCCCUCCUCCUGGUCAUCUGUCGAGCUGUGUGCCCUCUCCUCUAUUCAUCCUGGAGCCAGUUUCCCUCCAUGGGGAGUGCGGCAGAUGCCAAAGCUGGGGUGAGCCUGGCGGCUGGCCCAGGGGCAUGAACCCCUCAGUGCAGGGGAGCGAGCAGCUCGUAGCAAGGGGAAUGAACCUGAAUCCGUUGCAUUUAUUUCAGUUAAAAAUAAUAAAUAUAAAUAUAUACAUAUACCCGUAUAUACAUACAUACGAAAGGAACUUGGAGUGUAUUCAGGCUGCCGUUGGCGGCGAAGACUCCUCACAGCUGGUGCCCAGCACAGGGAUAGGCUGGCAUUGGCAGCAGGUCUUCCCCACAGAGCUGAGCCAGCUCCAAAGUCACUUUGUUGCUAGUCACCUUUUGCUCUUCUCUCCGAGUCUCAGAAGCCUCUCCUUCCCUUGCCUUUUCCCUUUAUGACUCUCAGCUGCCUGCGGAAGUGAGCUUCUCAGGUACUGCCUGCUUGGAACGGCCUGAGGGGAGCUCAAAGUGAGCUCUCAGAGGAGUCGCUAUCCCAGUUCUCGGCCUAAGCCUGUUUCAGUCAGAGACCACCCAACCUAGUGUGUGGGUCACCAGAGUGGGUGGAGGGUGAGGGGUAGGGUCCUCAGCCCUGAGAAGUCAAAAUGCAGGUGACGUGAUGCCUCCUGUACCUGGAGAGAAUGCCAAAGGAAUGGGCCUUUCCCGGCAGCGGUUCCUGCUUGUGGCCACUUCUGUGUGUCUCCCACUAGGCUUUCCUAAAAGGCGGCCACCCUGCUUCUAAAUUAAAGCAUCUGCUACCCUCCCCUCUCCCGCCCCCUCAAUCUGCUUCUGAGUGUCUCGCUAGGAUUUUUAUUGCUUAUUUUAAAGUGUCUUAAUUCUUUGUUCCCAGACACACGACCCCUCUAGGUGUUACUGGAGGGGUGAUAGUGAGAAAUCUUCCAGGGAAACAGAGCACAGAAUGGACUGUUAGUUUUUAAGUAUAUCAAUAAUUCAACAGAUCAUAAAGAAAAAAAAUUAUCUCUUCAGUCCUUGCAAGAGAAGUAAAGUGAACUUUUGUUUGUCAUCAAGAGAUUGGACAUCCAUAUCUGUCGUGACUGGAAAGAGAUUGUUGUGCUGAAAUCCUGUCAUCAUGGUGGAUUUUAUCUUCAGUGGCCAAAAACGAAGAAUUAAAAGCAACAUCGUUCUUGACUGAACUGGGUGGGUGGGUUGAGCUUCUGGGAGGUUAGUGAGCGGUCCCUGUGGCGUGGGUAUCAAUGUGACGUGAGCCCUGGAGACCUGUUCCCUUACUGCCUCCUGUGGCCCAGUGACUGAGGCCCUACUCUAGAAUUGUGUAUUAUCAAAUUUGCCAUUAUAAAGGAUCUUCCUGC